AUGGCUACGGCUACAGAAAGUUCGACGGGUGCUCCCAAGCGGUCUCCCUCUCAAGUUGAGGAUAUUCAUCCAAGCAAAGUCAACCAUGGAGAUACGGCACUGGCCCUUCUGGCAGAUGGCGAACUGCAAUCAGCAGAGCCUGUCGAGUUGAAGAGACUUGUGCGCAAGAUAGACUGGACUAUUCUGCCGUUUCUGUCAGUCUGCUAUGCCUUUUACUACAUUGACAAAACGACCUUGUCGUAUGCAGCUAUCUUUGGAAUCAAAGAAGACCUGGGGUUGGCUGGUGAUCAGUAUUCCUGGUUGUCGUCUGUCUUCUACUUUGGCUUCCUCGUCUGGGCGCUGCCUACCAACUUUCUUCUCCAGCGCUUCCCUGUGGGCAAGUACCUGGGCGUGAAUAUUUUCCUAUGGGGGCUGUUCCUGACGUUACAGGCUACUGCAAAGAAUUUCACUCAGUUGGCCGUGCUGCGGGUGAUAUCUGGUGCCGCUGAGGCCUGCAGUGAUCCCGCAUUCAUGCUCAUCACCAGCAUGUGGUAUACGCGGCGCCAACAGCCCAUCCGCAUCGGUCUCUGGUAUACCGCCAACGGAGCCGGAAUCGCGCUCGGUGGUCUCCUCGGCUACGGCAUCGGCCAGAUCCGCGGUGCCUUGUCCUCGUGGAAGUACGAAUUUCUGAUCAUUGGCGCUCUCUGUGCAGCCUGGGGUAUUAUCAUCGCCAUAUUUCUCCCCGACUCGCCUGUCACAGCACGUACCUUUUCACCGCGCGAGAAGCGACUAGCAAUCGAGCGCUUGCGCGAUAACCAAACCGGCGUGGAAAACAAGACCCUAAAGCCCGGGCAGGUCCUAGAAGCUCUCCUCGACUGGAAAGUGUGGGUAUUUCUUCUCCUUGGCUUCUCAGGAAACAUACCUAAUGGGGGGAUUUCCAACUUUGGCACCCUCAUCAUCCAAGGCUUUGGCUUCACAACCCUCAUAACAACCCUCAUGCAAAUCCCAUACGGUGCCUUCACCUCCAUUAUGAUUCUCCUCAGCGUGUUCAUCAACGACCGCCUCCCCCCAAACAACCGCUGCAUAACCGCCAUCGUCUUUCUCCUCCCCAACGUCGCCGGGGCCUUUGGCCUCUGCUUCCUUCCUGAGACCCAAAAGGUCAGUCGUCUCAUCUGUUACUACUUGACUGGAUCAUACAACGCAUCAUUCGUCCUGAUCCUCUCCAUCCUGACUGGCAACAUUGCCGGUCACACGAAGAAAGUGGUCACCAACGCGAUGAUAUUCCUGGGGGUGUGUGCUGGGAACAUUGCCGGGCCGUUCUUCUAUAAAUCAGAUCAGGCACCACGGUACACACUGGGGAUUUGGUCAAUGAUUGUGGCAAACUUUAUAGAAAUUGCACUGAUACUUGUAUUGAGGGUGAUGUUGGCAUGGGAGAACCGAAGACGGGACAUGAUACAGGCUGAGUUGGGGGACGAGGAAAAUCAGGAUGAGACAGCGUUCGGAGAUCUGACUGACAAGGAGAACCUGAACUUUCGGUAUGUUUACUAG